CUAGCUCCUCAAGAGGAGGACAAAAAAGGGAAAACUUUUCCUCAACAGGAGUCUGAUAGGCGGUGGGGUAAAGUGAUCAUUGCGUUUGCAUGGAUUAUCGAUAAGUGCAAAAAAGAGGCAUUAGUUAUUAAUAUAUUCCUUUAAAGAGCGGGGAUGCGAGAGAGACGCCACAGUGGCGAGGAUCGCCCGCGCUGAACCGGAGGAGUCACCGGCAGAUGAUGUCCCGAUGUGAGAGUGCUUCCAGAGGAGACGAGGGAGGAUGAAGAAGGGGGAAGAGGGCUCUGGAGCGGCAGAGGUGGAAUAUAAUGAAGUUGAGUGGGAAAGGACUGUGCACCGUGUUCACCAGCACCCUCCUCUUCGUGUGCGCCCUGAGCGAAGUUGUGGUUGGAUUAAGAUGCGUCUCUUUGGGAUCUACGGUGAGGGCGCAUUUCCACCUCGGCGCCGCGGCCGGGGCUUUCUACUCCGGGCUCCUGGUGGGGGUCGGCCAGGUGCUGCUGGGCUCCGCGCUGCUCUUUUGCAUGGAGAAGCCCGGCUGCAGGAAUUUCUUCCUCCUCGGGGUUGUGGUGUUCUUGUUGGGGGUGCUCACCGCCUUCUCGGGCGCUGUGGUGGACGGGGACACUGCUUCUCUGGUGGAGAGGAAAUACACCCACUACUGCUUCCACUCUUUGGAAGAGAGCUCUGCCUGCGAGCAGCUAAGGGAUUACCAGCGGAGUUUGGUCAUCUCCACUGUUCUCAGCACCCUGGAGUGCCUCCUGGGGCUCAUCAACUUGGUGGCUAUCAAAAGGUACAACUCAGCGCAGUUUACUAGGAGCCGACAGAGGCAGCGAGCCGAGGCGAUCAUCUUCAGCGAGGAGCGGGACUGCUCCUCGGCGGAUUUUCAGCCGGUGUCUUACAUCAAUCUGGGUGUUUUUAACGUGUUGGACGAAACAGGUGCAGAAGUGCAGUGCGGGGGGCAUCCGUCAAUAGAGCUGCCGGGAUACUCGCCAACAGACCCGGAGCUCAACCAUUGCUUCCCUUUCUCAUACCCGCUCCCCAGCGAACUCCCGCCCGCAUAUGAAGACAUUUUCCCCGCUGAGGCAUGCAACACAUAGCCGCCCUGGAGCAGCUUUCUCCUUUUCCUCUGCUGUGACAAUCAAUGACUUUGUGCUUAAACAAUCCCAUUCUUCUUGUUCUUCUUCCAACUCACACAACAACAAAAAGCAGUAAGUUACAAAGGAGGACUACAGUGGAUUUAAUUCACCUGAUUCCUUCGCAUUCAGAUAUUUUCUUACACCUGCCUGGUAUUGUACAUCAGCAGUGAGAAUAUGAACUAUACUCAUCAAAGUGACAGGCCCAGACAGUGCAGGCCCAUAAACGCAACAGCUUGCUAGUAUGACAAAAGCAGAGUUUGUGUUUUGAAUGUUUGCUGUUAAACAUUUUUACUUGUGAAUAAAAAGUGUA